UGGAAAGGUAGAAGGCCAGCCCAAUGGUGACACAAUCCCAGCUGAGCAAGCCAACCCUUCAGAUGACACUGUUGCUGGUGCUGGGAGUCGUCAGAAUGAUCAGAUAGUGCAGAAAAUAGAGGAAGUGCUCUCUGGAGCCCUUGGUACAGAGCUGCAGUGCAAAUCAGAUGUAGACAAUAAUGCUGUGAAAAAUAGUGCUCAGUCUACAAAAAGAAGCUCUACUGCUGAAGAUGAAAUUCCUAGGAAAAAAUCAAAGAAGAACAAGAAACACAAAAGUAAAAAGAAGAAAAAAAAGAAGAAGAAAAGGAAGAAAGAGAAAAAGCAUAAAAAGCAGCCAAAGGAGUCAAAGUUGAGUGCACAUCAUGGAGAGCAUGCAGACGCUCAGCAUGCUUUUCACUUGAUGCCAGAGAAAUCAAGCUCCAAAUUGAGUGUACAGCAUGGGGGAUUUGGAGAUGCAAAUCUGGCUGUCCACGUGCAGCCCGAAGAACUGUGCUUACAAGCAAGUGGGGAGCUUGAUAGACAAACUUUAGGACUUGUUUCUCAUUCAAGAACCGAUUCUCAGCAAUCUACAGAAAAUCUUGGAAGUGAGAAGGGGACUUUGUGUGCCACAGGUCCUCCAUUUAAUUUAGAAGUCAGCCAAACUGAUAUCCAAGAAAAUGCUAGUAUAACUCAAAUUUGCACUAGAGAAGAACAAAUUAAACAGUCUCAUGAAAAUAUUUGUCCUAUGGCUAUUAAUGUGAGUGGAAGGGGUGUUCUUGUUGAUACUGGAAAUACUACUUUUUCUGGCAUCCCAUUUGGAGUUUCUGAUUCAGCAGCAGCUCUACCUUCAAAGGCAAUAGAAGCACUAAAAGGUUCAGAAGUAAAAGGCACUGAGGAAGUAAAAGCUUUUGGUACAGCUGAGAGCAUGGAAGUGCUGAAAUAUUCGGAAGCAUCUCUACAAUCUGUGGCACUAGGGGGAGCAACUUCAGAAUCUGUGUCUUUAGUAAGUGAUGUGACAACAAUUCCUAAAUCUGCUAAUCAGGCAGAUCUGAAUACUGUGAAGAUAACUCACAUGUCUGUGGCCAUGGAAGAAGUGCAAAUUCCAAUGGAAAAAUCUCUGCAUAUGGGAGAUGUGAGAAAUGUGGAAAGAUCUUUGGAAUUAGGUGGUGUGAGCAGAACUUUGGAGCCAGCCCUGAAGACCUCAAUGAUACAUGAUAAUAUGAGAGCAAUGCAGUGCAGCUCCAUGGAGGGUUCAGGUGUCUUGAAGACUGAUGUAUCUUUGCAACAUCCUUUUCAAGUAUCUGCAGUGACUGCUGUGCCCCAGGUGGAAAUAAAAAUUGCCACAAUACCCCCGGGACUAGGAGCUUUUGUUACACAAGUGAAGGAUAUUGAACCAACUAGAGGCUCUGCACAUAUGGAAAAUGUGAAAGCUUUGGAAGAAGCUCUGCAGCCAGUUGCUGUAGCACAGCCCAAAACUUUGGAAACUAUCAUGGAACCUGUUGGUGUUACAGCAAAAGAUGUCAAAGCAGCUGGAGAAUGUCUGCAGGCUGAAGUAGUCAGAGAUGUGGAAGGUACCGCUGACCCUACAGCAGCAUUCCGGCAGCCUAAAGCCUGGAUAGAAACAAGAAGUGUGGAUAGAAGUCAGGAAUCUGCACUUCCAGCAGAAUGGACAGAUAUGAAUGUGGUUGCAGAGGCAAAAGGUUUAAGAGCAGCUUUUGAACCUCUAGCGUUUGUGCAGACCUCACUUCCCCAAACAGCUCCGGAAGUCCAGAUGGCAGAGAAUUUUAAAGGCCCACGAGCAACAGUGGAAGUUGCAGCACUAACAAGUCAAGCUACUCUGCAACUGGAAAAUACUAUUGCUUCAGAAAUUUCAGAUUCUGCUUCUAAGCCAGUGGCUGUAACAGAGGCAAAAGUUUCAGAAGGUACUUCAUUACUGAGACAACCAGAGGAGCUGAGCUCAAGAUCUGAGAGUGAAUCAAAUGUGAGAGGUUUGGAAGCGGCUUGCCUGUUUUUGCAGAAAGAAUAUGUGAGAAGUCCAGCAGUUCUAAGACCAAUGGCUGUGGUGGAAGCAAAAACUUCGAAUGCAGCUUCACUGUCUUUGCAAAUGGAGGAUGUGAAAGCUGCAGAAGAAGCUGUGCAUUGUGGAACUCUGGCCGGAUCUGUGCGACCAGUGAAAAGUUUGGAAACAACUCUAAGACUUGUAGCAGAGACAGAAAGGAAAGGUUUGGAAGAAGGAGAAAAUGUGUGUUCUGAAACCAAAAUAGGUAGCAAGGUUAGAGAGUCUGAGGCAUUAGCAGGAGUGAUGCAUUUGCAGACCACAGCAGAGAGAGAACCAAAACAUGCAGAAACAGUUGCAGAACCCCUUGGUGCAAGCAAAACAAAGAGUUCCAUCAUUUCACAGUCUCAGGUCAUGGCACAUACAGUAACGUCACAAACUGAGGUGGUAGGGGAGAUAAAGGAUUCUGAACUAGCUACCAGUUCUGAGGUGGUUAGGGAAAUGAGGCAUUCUGAAAUUGCUCCAGAAGAUCCAAGCAGAGCAGAGGCAAGGAGCAGAGAGGCAAUACUAGAACCUGGGCAAACAGUGAUGGUGGGGACUUCAGAAACAAGUUCAAAAUAUGUACAAGAACAAAUGCUAGGUCAUUCAAAAGCAAUAUUAGAAUCUUUGCCUGAAGUGGAAGAAAAAGCUAUGGUAUCAGAAGUAGUGACAGGAAUGGGAAACUUAAAAGAAAUUUUGGAUAUGAGAACUCAGGGACCUCCCGUAGAAUAUGUAAUUGCAACAAGGAGAACAACCACACAAAAAAAUGAGCCCUCGUUUACCAAUUUAAAAGAUUUGGAAGAAGCUUCAGAAAUUGAGAAAGCAAUGAAAGCAAAAUAUUUGGAGCCAGCAUCAGAAGCUAGCAAAGGGAGGUUGUUGGAAAGUAUGAAACAGUCUGCAACAAUAGAGGUGAGAGGCUCUGAAGUAGUCAAAGAACCCGAGGUACACAUGGAUAUCCAAGGUUUGGAAACUUCCCAAAAGUCUGGAAAUGCAGAGGUGAUGAACAUUUUAGAGGGUGCUUCAGAGGCCGUUCCAGAAUUUUUGCACACUGAAAAGCAAGAACAUCUGCAAGCAACUCUAGAAGCAAGGCCUGCUGCAGAGUGGAAGAGUACAGAAGAGGCUCCAGAAGUCUCGAGUGCUGCUGAAUUGACAUCUUUUUACACAGUUUCAAAACCAGAGUAUAUGAAAGAUCUGGAAACAACACUGGAACAUGAAGUGACAGCAGAAGUACAAUAUGCAGAAGGGGUACAGGGUCAACAAAUGGAGGAUGUGAGAGUUGCAGGCCAAGCCCAGGAAUGUGAGGUACUGGUUGAGGAGAAAGAUGCAGAGCAAACUCCAGGGUCUGAGCCUUUAAUAGCAGAAACAGUUUUUAGUUCUUCACAUGUAGUAGAUGGAAAAGAUUCAGCAGGGACUCCUGAAUCCGAAAUAAUUGGAGACACAAAACAGUUGGAAGCAGCUCCAGCUCAUGUGCCAGAAACAAAUGAUUUGGAAACAACUCCUCUUGCUGACAGUGUUGUAGAGCUGAAAGAUGCAGAAGUGACUGUGGGGUUGGAGGCAGAGGAAAAAGAUUUGGAAGCAGCUCCAGUACCUGAGACUAUUACUGAAGCAGCUCCGGUACUUGUGGCAGAGGCAGGCCAGUCAGAAGUUACUCCACAGGCUGAGGCUGUCAAAGAAACAACUCCAGAACAGGAGUCGGAGAAAAGAGAUUCAGAAACGUCCGAUGUGCAACCUGAUGUGGCGGCACGAAUGAGGGAGACUCUGAUGAGACUUGAGAAAGUUAUUGAAAAAAGCAGCCAUAGAAGCAGUGAUAAAAAACAUGAUGCAAAGAAAAAAAGGAGUCGCUCCAAGUCUCAGUCCAGGUCUAGGAAGCGGAAGAAAAAAUCAAGGUCACGUUCUACUUCCAGGCGUUUGACCUCUAAAAGAGCACGUUCCAGGAGCAGAAACUAUUCGGAUUCCAGAAAAAAGCAUUCCAAAUCUAGAUCCCGAUCUGUGGAGAAGAGAGAGAGGAGAGUGUCUUCCCGGAGGUCCAGGCGCAGACGUUCCAGGUCAUCUGACCACUAUAGGUCUAAAUCCAGAUCAGCAGAAAAGAGAGGGAGCAGAUUGUCCUCUGGGAGGUCCAGACGUAGACGUUCCAGGUCUUCUGACCACUAUAGGUCUCAAUCUAGAUCAGUGGAAAAGCGACUGUCCUCUCGAAGGUCCAGACGUAGACGUUCCAGGUCUUCUGACCGCUACAGAUCUAAGUCCAGAUCAGUGGAAAAGCGUCUGUCCUCUCGAAGGUCUGGGCGCAGACGUUCCAGAUCUUCUGACCGCUACAGAUCAAAGUCCAGGUCAGUGGAAAAGCGACUGUCCUCUCGAAGAUCUGGGCGCAGACAUUCCAGGUCUUCUGACCGCUACAGGUCUAAGUCCAGGUCAGUGGAAAAGCGACUGUCCUCUCGAAGAUCUGGGCGCAGACGUUCCAGGUCUUCUGAUCGCUACAGGUCUAAGUCCAGGUCAGUGGAAAAGCGACUGUCCUCCCGAAGAUCUGGGCGCAGACGUUCCAGGUCAUCUGACCGCUACAGGUCUAAGUCCAGGUCAGUGGAUAAAGGAGGGAGCAGAUUGUCCUCCUGGAGAUCCCGCCGCAGACGUUCCAGGUCCUCUGACCGUUCUAAAUCUAGAUCCAGGUCUUCAGAAAAGAGAGGAGGCAAAGAAUACUCAUGGAGAUUCAGAAAUAGAUCUAUUUCUUCUGAUCGUUCAAAAUCUAGGUCAAGAUCUGUUGAGAAGAGAGGUCGGAAGGCAUCCGUGCGGAGGUCUAAACGUCAGCGCUCAAAGUCCUCUGACCGUUACAAGUCUAGAUCCAGAUCAGUAGAAAAAAGAGAUAGAAAGCAGUCAUCGCGGAAGUCUAAACGUCAGCGCUCAAAGUCUUCUGACCGUUACAAGUCUAGAUCCAAAUCAUUGGAAAAAAAGAAGGAGUCCUCCCGAAAAUCUAAGCGUCGCCGCUCAAAAUCAUCUGAACGUUACAAGUCUAGGUCUAGGUCUGUUGAAAAGAAGCGCAAGGAAUCUUCAAAAAAAUCCAAACGGAAGCGUUCCAAGUCCUCUGAUAGUGUUAAGUCAAGGUCCAAAUCUAUAGAAAAAAGAGAGAGUAAGCUAUCUUCAGGAAAGGGCAGUAGCAAGCGUGUGGUGUCUUGUGAACUUCAAGAGUCAACCACAUGCCUUGAAAAAGUAGAUGUUCCUGAACCUUCUUUUGCAAGUGAAGGCAGCACCUCCAAAUCCUCUAAUGGUCCCAUGUCAGCAGCUUUGUCCGUUGAAGGCGUAAAUGGCCCAGAGCUGCCUCCAGCAUCUGAAAGUGGAUUUUCCAAACCUUCUGAUAGUCUUGAGGAAAGCUCCUCAUCUGUUGAAAAAACAGUGGGUCUGCAGCCUUCUGUGAUGUCUGAACUCGAUAGCUCUAAAACCCCAGAUGACCAGGAAUUGGGAUCCAUGCCUGUGGAUAAAACACAGGUUUCAGAGCUUUCUGUGACGUCUGAAAAUGGAUCAGCUGAAACAGCAGUGUCUCUGGAGUCUUCAUCACUACCUGAACUUACAUACUCCACAUCCAAGUCAAGAUCUUCAUCUGUUGAAAAAAGGGGAGAUCCAGAAACUUCUUCAGUAACAGAAUUUCAGCUCUUUACGUCCCAUGAAGACCAGUCGAGAUCCACCUCUCUCAAAGAAAUAGAGGGUCCAGAGCCUCUUCCGACACUUGAAAGUGGGUGUUCUGUAUCUUCUGAUGAUUACAAGACAAUCUCCGUGUCCUCUGGAAAAAUGGAGGUUCAGGGGUCUUCUCUGAUGUCUGAAAGUGUACUCUCCAACUCAUCUGAUAGUUCUGAAUUGAGACACAUCCCCAUUGAAAAUACAGAUCUUCAGAAGUUUUUGCAAGUCCCUGGAAGUGAAUCUUCCAAGUUGGCUGACAGCCCUGAGUCAAGGUCACUAUCUUUUGAAACAGUAGAGGCUCAAAAAUGUUUUGUAGCACCUGGAGUUACAUGUUCUGCGUUCCCUGAUGACUGCGAGUCAGCCUCCUUGCCUAUUGAAAAGGGGCAAAUGCAGGAGCCUUCUCUGGCUUCCAACAGUGGAUGCUUCAGGCCACCUGAUGGAUAUGAAUCAGGAUCCAGCUUUGCUGCACACGUAGAGGAGCUUCCAUUGAUGUCUGAAGGUGGGUCCUUCAAGUCACCUGAUGGAAAUGAAUCUGUUGAAAACACAGAAGUUCCAGGUGUUUCCCUGACAUCUGAGUGUGGUUCCAUUGGGAUCUCAAAUGACCUAAUUUCAGCAUCAUCUUUUAAAAAGAUGCAGGAAGUUGUACUGACAUCUGAAGGACAAAGCUGCGAGUCUUCUGAAGUUUGUGAGUCCAUGUCAUCUGUUGACAAAGAUUUAGACGGUCCGACACCUUCACAAGUACUUGGAAUUGACUCCUCUGAAUCUUCUGAAAUUCAUAAAUCAAGGUACCUGCCUGCUGAAAAAAUAGAUGGUACAGAAUCUUUCUUGAUGUCUGAAAGUGGAAUUCCCGUGUGCCAUGAUGGCCAUAAAUCAAAACACAAUUACUUUGAGAAAACAGAAGUCGAGGUUGGGGAGCCUUCUCAAAUUUCUGAAAAUGAAUACACAGUAGGGCUUGAUAGCCCGGUGUUAACAUCAACACCCGCUGAAAAAACAGAGCUGCGGGAACUUUAUCGGAUGUCUGAAGAAAGGUGUUCAGUGUCCAUUGAGAGCCAGAUAGAAGUGCAAGAGCCUGCUCUGGCAUCUGAAAAUGAAUAUGCUGUGCCUUGGGAGGGCCAGGAGCUGAGGUCUAGCUCUCCUGAAAAGGUAGAGUUGCAUGAGGCUUCUGUAGUACCUGACAAUGAAUAUGCUGUGUCUUCUGAAGAUCACAAAUUACCACCUUUCCUUGCUGAAAAAACAGAGGUACAGGAGUGUUCCUUGCCACCUGAAAAUGAAUAUGCUGUAAUUCCUGAGAGUUGUGAGGUGACAGCCAGCCCUGCUGAAAAAGAGGAGCCAGAGCCUUCUCUAAUAUCACAUGGUCAAUAUGCUGCAUCCACUGAAGGACAGGAGUUGUUCUCCGCUCUUAGUGAAAAAACAGAGGUGCAAGGAUGUUCUUUGCUGCCUGAAAAUGAGUACGAGAUAUCCCCUGGAGGCCAUGAUUUGAGAUCCAGUCCUGUUGAAAAAGAAAUGCAGGAACCUUCUGAAACAUCUGAAAGUGAAAGUUCAGUGUCCACUGAUAGCCAGGAGUUGCAGUCUACUGUUGUUGAAAAAACAGAAGUGCAGGAGUUGUCUUUGUCUGAAGGUGAAUGUACCAUGUCCCCUGAAGGUCAGGAGCUGCACUCUAGCCCUGCUGAAAAACUAGACACUAAGGAACCUUCUCUGGCAUCUGAACAUGCUCUGUCUCCUGAAGAGUAUGAAUCAAGAUUGACUCAUGUGGAGAAAACGGAAAAUGUGCAUUCUUCUUUGACAUCUGAAAAUUACCAUCUUUUGUCUUUUGAGAGCCAGGAGGUAGAAUUCCCCCCGGCUCAAAAAGCAGAUGUGCGGGAGCUUUCUCCAACACCUGAAAAUGAACAGGCAGCAUCCCCUGAUGGCCAGGAGUUGAGAUUCUCCACUGUUGAAAAAGUAGGCGAUCUCGAACCUUUGACACUGAAUGACAGAGCCUCCAUGUCCCCUGAUGACACUGACUUGAAAUCCAUUCCUGUUGAGAAAAUGGAUGAUGCAAUGCCUUCUUUAAUGCCUGAAAGUGUGUGCUCCAUGUCCCCUGGUGGCUACAGUGUGAAAUCUGCCCCCGGUGAAGAAACAGGGGAUCUAGAGGCCUCUUUGAUAUCUGAACGUAGGCAUUCCACAUCCUCGUAUCAGGAAGGUCAUGAGCCAAAAUCUCCCAUGGAGGAAGAGGGUCUCGAGUCCUCCUUAACUUCUGAACAUAGACGAUCUGUGUCCCCUGAGGGCCAUGACCAGAAAUCUACCAUAGAUGAAGACAUGGAUGAUUUGGAGCACUCUUUGACAUCUGAACACAGGCGUUCUACAUCUCCUGAUGAACACGAGUCAAGAUCUAGUGUUGGUGAGGAAGGAGAGUAUCUGGAGCAGCCUUUGACAACAGAGCGUAGAUGCUCUGUGUCAUCUGAUGAGCAUGAGUCAAGGUCUACCACUGGGGAAGAGGUAGAGGAUGCAGAACCCUCUUUGACAGCUGAACGGAGGGACUCCACAUCCUCUGAUGAGCGUGAGUCGAGGUCUACCACAGGUGAAGAUCUAGAAGAUGGAGAGCCUUCUUUGACAGCUGAACGUAGACACUCCACAUCCUCUGAUGACCAUGAGUCGAGGUCUACCACUGGUGAAGUAGAAGAGGAUUUGGAACCUUCUUUGACAGCUGAACAUAGACGCUCUGUGUCUCCUGAUGGACGUGAGUCAAGGUCAACCACUGGAGAAGAAGCAGAGGACCGGGAACGUAGACACUCCACAUCCUCAGAUGAACAUGAGUCGAGGUCUAGCGCUGGUGAAGAUGUGGAGGAUAUGGAACCUUCUUUGACAGCUGAACGAAGAGAUUCCACAUCAUCGGACGAGCACGAGUCAAGGUCUACCACCGGUGAAGAAGCAGACGAUAUGGAACCUUCUUUGACAACUGAACACAGACGUUCUACAUCCCCUGAUGGACGUGAAUCGAGGUCUACCACUGGUGAAGAGUUAGAUGAUGCGGAGCCCUCCUUGACAGCAGAACGAAGAGACUCCACAUCAUCAGAUGAUCAGGAGUCAAGGUCUACCACUGGUGAAGAGGGUGAGGAUGCAGAGCCCUCUUUGGCAGAUGAAGAUAAACAGGAUUCCAUGUCUCCUGAGAGGCUGGAGGAACAGGACUCUUCCUUUAUACCUGAAAGUAGGCGUUCUGAGUCUUCUGAACGUGAAAAAUCUAGAUCCAGAUCUGUUGAUAAAACAUCUGACAAAGAGUCUUCACGAAGAUCUAUAAGCAGGCGCUCAAAAUCUUUAACUGGCCAAAAGAGUCGAUCCACAUCAGUUGAAAAAGUGGCAGAUGAAGAGUCUUCACUGAGAUCUAGACAUAGGCGCUCCAGGUCUGCUGCUCGCCAGAAGAGUAGAUCCACAUCUGUUGAAAAAACAGCAGACAAAGAAUCUUCAUGGAGGUCUAGACAUAGACGUUCCAGGUCCACUGCACGCCAAAGGAGUCGAUCGACAUCUGUUGAAAAAGCAGUGGACAAAGAGUCUUCACGGAGGUCUAGACGUAGACGCUCAAGGUCCGCUGCUCGCCAAAGGAGUCGAUCCAAAUCUAUUGAAAAAACCGCAGACAAAGAAUCUUCCCGGAGGUCUAGAAGCAGACGCUCCAGGUCUUCUCAGCGCAGAUCCCAGAGAUACGAUACAGAGUCUCGCUCUAGACGGAAUCGCACAGGAGGAGGAGUAGGUCGAGGUCAGCAUCAAGAAGGCGACGUUCUUUAUCAAGAGACAGGCGUAAGAGAUCUCAGAGAAAUAGAUCAAGAUCUAAUGACAGAAGAAGAAGAAGAUCGGAUUCAAGAGAUCGUAGAAUAUCACUCAGAUUACGGAGCAGAAGUCGAACACCUAUCCGUCAAAGGCGAUCAAGGUCAAGGGGCAGAAGGCGGAGCUCUAGUAGAUCACCAAUUCGACUACGGCGAUCGAGAUCUUCAGGGAGAAGAAGAUACAGCAGAUCACCUGAUCGUCGUAGGUCGAGGUCAUCGGAACGAUUUGCAAGCAGGUCACCUAAACGUCUUACAGACCUGGAAAGACGACAAAGCCAAUCAGAAGUCAUCAAGAGAUACCCUGAAGGAGCUCACUGAG